AUCUCUUUCUUGAACGGUGCCUGAACCUGGACUACAAUGCCUUUAGUAACGAGGAACAUUGAACCGAGACACUUGUGUCGUCAGCCUCUGCCCAAGAACGUCUUGAGUGAAUUAGAGUGUGUGACAAACACCACACUUUCAAAUGUCAUCAGGCAGCUCGGCAGCUUGAGUAGAUAUGCUGAAGACAUUUUUGGCGAGCUGUUUCAGGAAGCGGGCAACUUUGCCAGCCGAGUAAACAGCCUUGGAGAACGGAUUGACCGGUUGCAAGUUAAAGUAACGCAGCUGGAUCCCAAAGUAGAAGAUGUUUCGCUACAAACUAUUAACCUGAGGAAAGCCUUCAAGAGCUCCACAAAUCAGGACCAGCAGAUGUUCCGUCGCUCCUCGCUGCCGAUUCCCAUUCACGACACGUAUAAUACUUGUGAUAAGCCACCGCCUCUUACAAUUCUAACCCCAUACAGGGAGGAUGGGAAAGACAGCCUUAAGUUUUACACUGAUCCGUCCUACUUCUUUGACCUCUGGAAAGAAAAAAUGUUACAGGACACGAAGGACAUAAUGAAAGAAAAGAGGAAGCACAGGAAAGAAAAAAGGGAUGUAUCAAAUAGAGGCAACUUGAAUCCACGAAAAAUUAGAACAAGGAAAGAGGAAUGGGAGAGGUUGAAAAUGGGCAAGGAGUUUGUGGAAGCAAAAUUGACUGCUGAUGAUACUGGCAUGAAUGAUAUCAGCCCCAAUGGGAGUAUAAGCCCCAAUGGCAAUGAUGAGCUUGCCUACAGGACACACGGAGCCUAUCGUGACUCAGUCACUACUCCGCCACCAUCUCCUGGGGUUGACCUGCCACCCCCACCACCUGACUUUGGAUACGCAGCGGAUAAACAGGAUUCUUCCGUCUUUAAGAGGAGCAGUGUUGUCAGCCCCACUAUCCCUCCUCCAGCACCACCCCCCGGACCACCAAUGGGAGGUGGAUUCUCCCCACCCCCACCUGCCCCAACCCUGCCCCCACCUCCCCCCUUCAUGGGCAUCGUGGGACCCCCCAUUUCCCCCCCGCCCCCUCCUCCCUCCAUGGCCCCAAUACCGUUCAACCAACAUUUCCCCGGCAACGACGCCCCGUCCAUGCCGCCCCCUCCCCCUCCCCCCACCGACCACUUCCCCCCCGCCCCGCCCCAAAUGGUCCCCGCGCCCAUCGGCGGUGGAGCGCCCCCUCCUCCUCCUCCCCCACCCCCUCCCCCCGGUCCACCACCGCCGCCCUCUUUUGGCAGCGCACCACCCCCUCCAUCUCAGCCCAAGGAGCAGAAGCCCAAGGUUGCCCCGGAGCCCGUGAGCGACCCAAGGGACGACUUGCUCUCCGCCAUCCGGCAAGGCUUCCAACUUCGCAAAGUCGAAGAGCAGAGACAGGAAGAGGAAAAGAGGGACCACAUUGGAAACGACGUGGCCACCAUCUUGUCACGCCGCAUCGCGGUGGAGUACAGCGACUCUGAGGAGUCGGAGUUUGAUGACGAAGAAUGGUCCGACUAAGAUGUGCUGUUCCAACGCUUAAAGCACCAGCAGCCAAAGUCCUUUAAGAAAAAGCAAAGCCAAACCUCCCAACAGUGCCUUCACACGGGUGUAGUACACGCAUGUAUUAUUUGCACAGGGUCAGAAGCUGUUGGGAAGACACCAGAUUAACAAACCCUUGGCAUUAUGGUGAGGAGUUAUGAAGAAGUGCCACAUUGACACAGCAGUCAGAUUAACUUGUAGUGUUCAGAAAAAGGCACAAAGUAUUGGAGUAACACACGGGGCACGGUGGGGCAGCGGUAGAGUUGCUGCCUUACAGCACUCGCAGAGCCAGAGACCCGGGUUCGAUCCCGACUGCGGGUGCUGUCUGUACGGAGUUUGUACGUUCUCCCCGUGACCCGCGUGGGUUUUCUCCAAAUAUUCGUUUCCCCCCCACACUCCAAAGGCGUACAGGUUUGUAUGUUAAUUGGCUUGUGGUAUAAAUGUAAAUUGUCCCUAGUGUGUGUAGGAUAGUGUUAAGGUUCGGGGAUCGCAGGUCAGUGCAGACUCGGUGGGCCGAAUGGUCUGUUUCUGCGCUGUAUCUCUGAACUACUUCCUCUUGCGUAUGGCGUGCACAGCCUAAAGUUGUAGGUCAACUUGUUCUAUUUGAUAUAUUUGUUUGUGCACGCCGGGUUGAUUGCAUUAAUCGAAGGUUGCAAUCUCCCACCCCAUCUCUAAACUAACUGGGCGGGUCAGGCAGCACCUGUGGAGAACAUGGACAGGCGACGUUUUGGUGUCUGGACCCUUCUGCGGCUAUCCGUGUUUUUCAGAGGUUCUGCAACGUUUUGGGUCUUCAGACCCGACCCCAAAGGUCACCUGUCCGUGCCCUCCAGGGAUGCUGCCUGACCCUGCGAGUCACUCCAGCACUUUGUGUCUUUUUGUUGUUGUUGUUGUUGUAAUUCAGCGUCAGCAGCGCCUCGUGUCGGCACUGUAGAGCUCGGCAUGUAUACCUCGGGUGCACAUUUCAGCAGGAACCCAUAUAACUGUGCUACAAAUCACUGGAUUACUAAAAUGAAAAUCUUAUUCUCGGUUUGCAGUGCAAAUAAUUAUCCAGCCAUUGGAGCAGCAUAUUUAUCAGCCAAUAUUUUUAUUAAUGGUAUUCUGCUUUUUAAUCAAAUACUGUAGUUAGAAUAAGAUUCUAUAAUCUGUUGCUCAGAGUUAAUACAAUGUAUAUGCAGUUAUAAUAUGACCAUAUUCACAUUUGCUAAUGCUGAUUCAGGUUUAUAUAUUUUUCAAAUGUUGCUAUAUAGACUUCAUAAAUCUCUGAGCAGUCUAAAUAAAGUCUAGUGUGUAAUUAGCAACAUCAUCAAAGUGCUUUUAUAAAACAAAACUUUAAAUGGAUCAUGUCUUUUUGCAGAAAUCUCCUGACUUUAAUCAUAUUUUAUUUUAAUAUGGCAGAAGGUGCCAAAGCAAGGCACAGAUAGCAUGUAUUAAUCACCUGGAGAGAUGGACACAGCUAAAUACCUGUGAGGGUCUUUCUCAGGUCAACCAAAAAUGACUCUAAAUGUAUGAGAUUACUGCAAUAUAACCUUUGCUUUAUUGGCAUCAAAUUAUUGGUGUUUACACACCCUGCUUAUGCAAUCAUUUAGUCAUCAGUAGUUUCACUGAGAGAGUUUCACUGACAAACUAUGCAAGUUUAGCACUAGUUACAAUUAACGGAAGAUUACCAGUUAAUAGGUCAAUUAAUAGGUCAAAAUACAAUGAUCCUGAUUUACCAGAUUUUUUUCAUAGUGCUUUGGGGUAAUCUUUCUAAUAAUAUGCGUUCAUAAUCACUUCGCUGGGUUAAUCAUUUUAUCAUUUCCUCCCCUUUAUGUUGUCUAUCAGAGGCGGGGAAUUGCUUUUCUUAUCUUGGUUUAUGCCAGUUAAUUUUGCAGCAGAGUUAUCCGCGAGAAUGUAUUUAAUUAGAAUUGUAUCUGACUAAAGUUUGCUAUGGAUCUCCAAGUCUGUUGAAAUAAAUGAUUUGCAAAAAUUUAA